CUUCACGGGGAUCAUACAUGCUGAUGCCACUUGAUGAUGAGGAAGUUGUCACAGGAAUGUGGAUGCUAGUCUUGAACCUGACUAUGUCCACAAUGGAGAUAUACAUUGAAGAAUCAAGUUUAGAUGCUACUAUGACUCCCUCAACAUCAAUUCAUGUUGUGUCUGGGCAUGAUGGUGUUAAUGGAGCGGCCUCCGCAAAUGAGGUUGUUUUGAACAUGGUUGUAGAGGAGGAUGAGAUGUAUUUGCACAAUGGUGCCUCAUUUCUGGAUGGUCAUGGGAAUGGUGAUGAUGCAGAUGAAGACGCGAAUGAUGAUGAAAAGACAGAAUCAGAUGACGAGGAGGGUGAUAUUCUGAGCGCAUGUAUUUCAAGUGAUGUAUUUGCUGACAAGAGUGAUAAUGAAGUUCAGGUGUUGUAUUUUCCGAUAUUAGAGAGCUUUGAUGUCGCUGCAUACUUCAGUUGGGGGAGUGUCACUCUAACUUAUCUAUAUAGGUAGUUGUGUUGAGGUUGUCUGAGUGGGAGCACAGAGGUUGGUUUUUUAUUGUUAUUACAGAUAUUUUCACGGGAGUACAUUCGCAUAGGCCGCCCUUUUAAACUACGAUACCGCGGGCUAGAUGGACACCCACAUCAUGACCAGCCUCCACGAGUCCUUGGACCACAUCAUCAACAGGGUGAGGACCCUUUGACACAUAG